UAAGCAACAAAAUUAAGUAACACCACAAACAACAAAAGCAACACCAGUCGCUUUCGUUUCCUACUCGAUUCCGACAUGGCUUUGGGGUUUUCGUCGGCUGUGUCUCUCUUCUUCGUGUUAGUCGUUUUCAAUCUCGUGAGUGGUAAGAUAGUUUUAGAAGAUGGGUACGAAGUCACGACAGUGGUCGACGGCCACAAGUCUGGUCUGAAUCCAUACACGAUUCAUGCUUUACCAGGAUCUUCUAAUCUGAUCGUCCUUGAUUCUUCCGGCAGUACAUUCUACACUACUUCCUUUCCUCUGUCCGUUGAUAAUGUAAUAAACCGGUUUGCUGGGGAUAGGACUCCGGGUUAUCUAGAUGGUAAAGCUGGUUACAGCAAGUUCAACAAACCCCGUGGUUUUGCUAUCGAUGCUAAAGGAAAUGUGUAUGUUGCUGAUAAGGGCAAUAACGUUAUACGCAAGAUCAGCUCUUCAGGGUAUGUAACCACCAUUGCUGGUGGGAUCUCAAAGGAUAUUGGACACAGAGAUGGACCUGCACAGAAUGCAACUUUCUCUAACGAUUUCGAGAUCACUUUUGUUCCUCAGAGAUGUUGUUUGCUUGUUUCUGAUCAUGGAAACGAAAUGGUUCGUCAGAUAAAUCUAAAGGAGGAGGAUUGUCUCGAAAGCUCUCAUUCUAAUUUAGGGACGUACUCUCUUUGCUCAAUAGGGAUUGCCAUUUCAUGCUUUCUCGGGGUAGCCAUUGGAUUUGCUGUUCGCCCUUACAUCAUUCGUCAUGAAGAAGUCAACCACCUCUCGUUCAUCAUGACAUGGAAGCUUCUCCUAACCAAAUUGGGGGAACAAGUUCUGACCUUCUUCUCUUACGUUAGUCACCGAGUUACUGAAUCAACCGUUUAUUCGGUACUAAGUAGAGUAGUUAUGAUGAUCAUAUCUCACCUCUCCCUCAUGUAUUCUGCAUUAAGUAGAUUAGUUAGUUCGAUGGUAUCUAGUCUUUUCUUCAUGUGUCAACCCAAUAAUGUAGCUAUUGUAGACAAGACAGGCUCUGUGUCUGAUCCCGAAAGUCCAGGUUGCUGCAACCCAAAGCCUCCGCUUUUACUUAAACCGUCUGAUGAUCUUAUGGACCUAAUAAGCUUUGAUGAUGAACGAGAAGCUAACAAUGACAAAGACUGCAGUAAUGAAGAGACAGACAUUGCGUUAUCUCUUCCUCGUGCAACCAUAGAUGACAUUAUAAAGGUUCAGGUUGAAAGAUUUUCAAAGAUGGCUGAAGAAGAUGCUGCAGCUCGUGGUUCUUCAUCAGCUGAGUAGGUUUCAGUAAUGGCUAAAGUAUGUAUCUUUUGUAAAUGUAAUGUUUGACAUUCAAAGUUUGGUUGAGUUCCAAAAUCUUUUUUUUUUCUUUA